ACGCCCCUCUCACUAGGUCUGUCCUGAGGAUUCGCCUGCUCUACGCCCUGCCUCCUUGCACAGUCACAUGAUCGUGGCGUUACCCUUUCCUGUGGUGCUGUGUCCUUGCCGGGGAGAAACAUGGCGCCUGCCGUGCUGAGACUUCUCAAGUUCACCACAAAAGUUGCGGUGGCUGGAGGAGCUGUCUAUGUAGCGUAUGACUAUGGCCUGCUGGGCAGUGGUACACAGGGAGAAGAAGCCCUGAAAAAGACUACAGCAGCUAUACCUCCUGCUGUUCAUGAAUGGGCAGACUACUUUGGUUUGCAGCUUCCAUCUACACCGAAGCUGGACUUUUCCGUUGGCGAGUCAUGGAAUUGGGGGGUGCAGAAGUCUGUCUCUGCUCUCUCAUCUGCACCAACCAAAGUUUGUGAGUACACAGCGGAUGGCUGGAAGUAUAUAAAAGACUCAGUGAAGUGAUUCCCUCUGUAUAUAAGAAAAAAUAAACUUUAUUUAUACAUUUUA